AUGGACCAGGACGAUGCCACCGAUGGCAGAGUGCCCACGCAAUUGCCCGCAAUGCGAAUACGUCAAACCCUGUUUUGUCUUCUGCAGGCGUGGCUUACUCUCGCAGAAUCACAGCAGCUUUCCUUGAAUCAGUUGUACAACUUUUCGACGACCCCGACAUCUACAACAUAUUCUCUGCCCGUAUCCUCAUCUCCGCUUUCCGUCUCCGUCGCGCUGUGCUCCUCUACGACCUCCAAUCCGCCAAGAUUCUUUGUGUCGAAUGAAUCAGGGAUUACACCCGGGCCGAAUAAUCUCGGCCAGGCGAACAUAUAUGAGAUUGUCCUUGAUGCAGAUUCUCUUGGUAGUUGGACGGGGAGCAUGUCGGUUUCGGGCAUGCUUGCUGUCUAUAGCUCCAAUCAGUUCCCUUUCGAAGUAGGCGUAUCAAAUAAUGGCCCCAUUCAUAAAGUGUUAGACACCCUGCCUCUGCUUGGCGACUCCACCGCAAACCAGGUCCUGCUUUUCUCUCCGCCUUUCUCGCCGCCCACAUUCUCGGUCUCAACAUAUCCAAACUAUACCUUUCCGCCUGCUAACCUCACUUUCCCUACCGAGCCGUCAUCUCCUCCCCAGUUCUCCAUAUUCAUUGCACCUACUUCGCAAGCACUAACAUCUCUACCUCGCACAGGAUGUGCUAUGCGGGCAUCGGGAGGGAACAUUGGCCUAUAUGAACCGUCGUCAUCCAGUGAAGGCUUAUGGUUACGCGAUUCGGAUGGCUGGCGCUGGCAGUGGUUCGUGAACGGACUCACACCACAGACUAACUACACAGUAUACGCGGUCGACAACGGUACACAAGUCGCAGGUCCUAUUUAUUUCACUACCAAGUCAGCUGCAUUUGCAUGCCCAAUCUUGUACUCGCUUCCUUUCUGCCCCUCCGUUUCAUAUGCUGUCCCAAUAAACUCCUCGAAUACUGCAGCCGGGAUUACCGCAGGUGAACUUCCUGAAGCUGUCACCGAGAACUUCCUCAGCGGCCUCACCAACUUUACUGUCAUGUUAUCUACAUGGGCAUGCGGGCGGGAUCUCUACAGCCCCAUCAUGACCUGCACAGACUGCCAAGCAGCCUACCGCACAUGGCUCUGCCUCGUCUCCUUCCCGCGCUGUGCUGAGCCCCCCAGUUCCACUACAUCCUUUGUGUCGUCCAAGCCAACGGCGCAGCAGGUUUUUCCCGCGCUGCAACUGCAGAACGCAUCGAACCCGCGAAACCCGAACCUCCCGUCGUUCACGCAGGACUACAACGCAGUGUUGCCGUGUUUGGAGAUGUGCGGUGCGGCGGACCGCGCAUGCCCGUACUUCCUCGGUAUCAAGUGUCCACUUGCGAAAUACACGGCCUCGUGGAGCUACGGUGUGGGGUACAUCGACAGCGGCGAAGAGGGCGUCAUGGGCGGGGGCUCGACCGGGAUGGCCGCAGAUCGCUAUGGGAAUGUGUGGUGUAACGCUGCGGGUGUCCUUUGA